GAUUACAAAAUUAAUCUUGAACGCCACUGAAGAUAAUUAUAAAGAGUAAUAUGUAAAUCCUUCAGGGUGGAUUUUCCUUUUAAUAACCGGGUGAGUGUUUUAGGUUGAAUAUUUGCAGCUAAGUUAGUCGCCUGGAAGACCUCACUUCCCAGCAUGCCCCGUUAGAAAAAAGGGCGUGGCUCACAAACGAACGAAAACGAAAGUGAGAUACAAACAACUGAAAAUGUGAGCUGUGAGAUGAAGUGUCUUUAUUUUCCGCCUAUUCUUACUGAGAAAAUAUAAACAUUAAAAAUGAGGAUGUUUUUAUUUGUGACUCUCCUGAUCCUCUACGGCUUUAUGGAAUCUCAAUCAGAGCGAUUAAAGAUUUUUGGUCCAGAAGGUCCUCUUGAUGCUGUAGCUGGUGAAGAUCUGGUUCUGCCAUGUUUUAUCAAACCCAGCACGAGCGCUGUGGACAUGACAGUGGAGUGGAUGAGACUAGAGGAAGUAGCUUCAUUAGUGCAUCUCUAUAAAGAUCAGAAAGAGAAAAAUGAAAAGCAGGCUCAGUCCUACAGAGGAAGAACAUCACUGUUUAAAGAGGAGCUACAGAAAGGCAACGCUUCACUCAAACUCUCAGCUCUCCGAGUCUCUGAUGAAGGAGAAUAUAAGUGUCUCAUUGAAGACAAAUCCUGGUAUGAUGACAUCACUGUUCACAUCACUGUUAAGGUUCUGGGAAGCCACCCAGUGAUCACGAUGGAGAGUUAUGAUAACUCAGGAGGGAUUAAUCUAGUGUGUGAGUCCAGAGGCUGGAAUCCUGAACCUGAGGUUCUGUGGAUGGACAGAGAAGGAGCCACUCUGCCUGCUGAAGCUACACAGAUACACAGAGACACAGAGGGCUUCAGUGUGAAACGCCACGUCACUGUUUAUGAUUAUAGCGACUCCAACAGGUUUUACUGCAGACUUCAACAAAAACAUCACAUGAUGGAGGCAGAGGUCAUCAUUAAUAGUAAAGUCUUUGGUGUUUGGAAGUGGGUUGUCGGCAUUUCAGUUUCAGCAUGUAUUGCUGUCGGAUUGAUAGUAACUGCGGUUAUCUGUUACAAGAAAGUCUCAGGGCUUCAGAAGGAGAAGAGAUACGCAGAGUUGAUAAAGAAGAAGUUGUUUGCAGUGGAUGUGACUCUGGAUCCUGAUACAGCUCAUCCCAAUCUCAUCCUGUCUGCUGAUGAAAAACAAGUGACGUGUGGAGACACAGAACAGGAUCUCCCUGAUACACCACAGAGGUUUACUUCUUAUUCCUGUGUUGUGGGAAAGGAGAGUUUCUCCUCAGGGAGAUUUUAUUAUGAGGUGCAGGUCAGAGGGAAAACUGCAUGGGUAUUAGGAGUCGUGAGAGAGAACAUUAACAGGAAGGAGUGGAUUCCAUGGAAACCUCAGAGUGGAUUCUGGACUGUGGAACUGAGGAAUGAGAAUCAGUACUGGGCUCGUGCUGAUGUUCGCCUCACACUGCGAGAGAAGGUGGAGAAGGUGGGGGUGUUUGUGGAUUAUGAGGAGGGUCUGGUCUCCUUUUAUGAUGUGAAGUCCAGCUCUCAUAUCUACUCUUUCACUGCUCAGUCUUUCACUGAGAAACUCUAUCCUUUCUUCAGUCCUUGUUUAAAUGAAGGAGGUAAAAAUUCAGCGCCACUGAUCGUCUCUCCUGUAUUUAACACUGAAUGAAUUUUCACCUCACACAUUUAAUCAUCUAUUAAAUGGUGAGAAUAAAAAGAAAUAUUUUACUUUUUUGGUGAAUUUUAGAAAUACAUAUUUCCUUUUAAAGUGCUGUACAGUUUAUUUUAAUACCUGGGGUUUGUUUUUAAUUUUAAUCCUACAGUCUGUUUUUUUACACAUUAUGAUUGUGGAACUUUGUCAUUACAAAUCAAAUAUUAAUAAAGAUCAUUUACAGUUCACACUGAGUUUUACUGCAGAAUUGAAUCUGAUCAAUAAAAUGGAUUAAGUUCAGCUGCUGAUGUCUGUGUAGAUACAACCGAACAAAACUGUUUCUCCUUCAGACUCCAUCAAACACAAAUACAAUCAAAUUCAUCUUUUAUUUAGAAAUAAAAAUGUCAGGGUUA